ACCCGUUGUAAGAAAUACUUGUCCAACGAAAAAGGAGUGAAAUUUAGCCCAAAACCGAAGAACAUUAUUGAAUAAAAUUCCGAACAAUAAUCUCACAGAGACAAUGAAUCACAGGCGGUCUCGGUCCCACACACUGUAAUAAUUUAAUUUCUGAAACCUACCACUUUCAAUUCAAUUCUCCAGAUCUCCGAUCCAAACCCCAGCUUCAUCUCAGGAGUGUGUGUUGAAAUUGUGAUAGAGGAAUAUGUUGCAUGUUCCUGCUACUAUUGAGGAGCAGUUGAUUCUGAAAGCAAUCAAGGAAGAAUGUUCCUGGGAGAAUCUUCCCAAACGCCUUCAGUCCACUUUCAAUUCCCGAGACGACUGGCAUCGAAAGGUAAUUGAACACUGCAUAAAGAAAAGGCUAUCAUGGAAUACUUCUUUUGCCCGUAAGGUUUCUAAGGAGGCUGAAUACUAUGAAGAGAUGAUGCGUUAUUUGCGAAAAAAUUUAGCACUGUUCCCAUAUCACCUUGCGGAGUAUGUUUGCCGCGUUAUGCGAUUGUCUUCAUUCAGAUAUUAUUGUGACAUGCUAUUUGAAGUAAUGAGAAAUGAACAACCUUACGACAGCAUUCCAAAUUUCAGUGCAGCAGAUGCUCUGCGGCUUACAGGAAUAGGUAGAAAUGAAUUCAUUGACAUCAUGAAUAAGUGCAAAUCAAAGAAAAUAAUGUGGAAGCUGAGCAAGUCUAUUGCUAAAGAACUUUUGCCGUCACAACCUGUCGAUUUUAAGAUUGACCCUUGGUGGGGUGUUGGUCUGGUUAAUUUUACACUUGAAGAAUUCAAGAAACUUUCCGAAGAAGAAAUGGCAACCAUUGAUAAAAUUUGCAAGGAGGAAGCAAAUGCAUUUGUCCUCUUUGAUCCUGAAGUUAUAAGGGGUCUUUACCGACGGGGACUAAUUUACAUUGAUGUUCCUGUGUAUGCUGAUGAUCGUUUUAAAGUUUCCAGGCUUGAAGGAUUUAUUUCAAACAGGGAGCAAGCUUAUGAAGACCCCAUUGAGGAGUUGUUAUAUGCUGUAUUUGUGGUUUCAAGUGAGAACUCCACGGUUGCUGAAUUGGCUUCUACUUUACAAGCUGACCUUUCUCAACUACAGGCCGCUGCCUCCUUCGUUUGUCGCUUAGGAUGGGCUGAAAAAAUAAUUGAUCCUGCAUCUGUUCUUCAAGAAUCAGUGGUACCUGGCAUUUCAUCAGUCACACUUGGUGAUGAUGAAAAUAACAUGGGAUCUGCAGCAACUGAUAGUAGUGCUUUUCGACAAGGGGAUUAUGCAAGAACGGAAAACCAUGACGCACAUGUGGCCUUUGUUGUUGAUGCUAAUAUAACAUCAUAUCUUAUGAUGGGCUCUGUCUCACCAGGGCUAAAGUCGCACGCGGUAACAUUAUAUGAAGCAGGUAAACUGGGAUAUGCUAGCAUAAGAGAUCUAUGCAGAGAUCUGAGUGAAUUAGAGGGAGCAAAAUUUGAGGGUGAAUUGCAAGAAUUUGCAAAUCAUGCAUUUAGCCUAAGGUGUAUACUUGAGUGUUUGUCUUCUGGUGGAAUUGUUAGUGACGACCGAGACGACAGUCUCAUGGUACGUUCAAGCAAUGCUGAAGAUAAUUAUAACCUGUCGGUGACAGUGUCCGAGGAAAGUGAUCUAUCAAGUGAGACGCGCAUGUCAGGGUCUUCCAAGUUUGAGACCCCCGAGUCGGGGACUCCCAAGUCAGAGACUACCGAAUCAGAUCAUAGUAUCCAUGACAAUAAGAGUUCAGUCUCCACCGAAGGCUCGGCAACCAAAACAGAAGCCCCUAGGAGGAUCAAAAAAUACCGUGUCGAUAUUCUUCGAUGUGAAAGCCUAGCUUCUCUUUCAUCAGCAACCCUGGAACGGUUAUUUCUUCGUGAUUAUGACAUUGUUGUUUCCAUGGUUCCAUUACCUCAGUCUUCAGUGUUGCCUGGACCGAAAGGUCCUGUUCAUUUUGGCCCACCUUCCCAUUCAUCAAUGACACCUUGGUUGAAAGUAGCACUGUAUUCAGCCAUAGGUAAUGGGCCUCUGUCAGUUGUUUUGAUGAAAGGUCAAUGUUUGAGGUUGCUUCCUGCACCAUUGGCUGGUUGUGAGAAGGCUCUUAUUUGGUCUUGGGAUGGAUCAUCUGUUGGAGGUCUGGGUGGGAAGUUUCAAGGGAAUUUGGUUAAAGGAAGUAUACUUUUGCAUUGCUUAAAUUCUAUUCUCAAGUAUUCAGCUGUCCUGGUGCAGCCCCUUACAAAAUAUGACCUUGAUGAUCGUGGAAAUAUUACUACGAUGGAUGUUCCAUUGCCUUUAAAGAACUCUGAUGGUUCAAUUGCCGAUAUAGGAAAAGAACUGGACCUAUCUGCUAAAGAAAGCUCAAAGCUAAACUCUAUGCUAACUGAUAUGGCUGAUAAGAUAGACUUCUGGACCAUUGGUUACAUUCGCCUAUUAAGACUCUUUAAGGAUAAAGAAGCAGGACAAUUUUUACCUGACGAUCAGAAGUAUGAAUGGGUUUUAUUGAGUGUGGAAUUUGGUGUUCCGCUGUUUAGUCCAAAAUUGUGCAACCAUAUAUGUAAACGAGUGGUUCAUUCAAAUUUACUACAAUCAAAUUUAAAAACUGUACAUCAUGAAUCUAUGCAAGAACUGCGGAAAAGGUUACGUGAUGUCUGCUCAAAAUACAAUGCCACUGGUCCAACUGCAAGGCUUCUAUACAAUAGGGAGCAACCGAAGGAAUCCUCCAAAAAUCUGAUGACCUAUGCAAGCGGCAAGUGGAAUCCGCUUGUAGACCCAUCUUCUCCAAUUUCUGGAGCCAUGGGAGAGCACCAGAGAUUAAAACUUGCAAACCGAAAACGUUGUAUGACCGAAGUUUUGAGCUUUGAUGGUAACAUUUUGAGAUCCUAUGCUUUGGCUCCUGUUUAUGAGGCUGCGACACGGGUUGUUGAUGAAUCACCCAGUAUUAGCAGUGGUAAAGUUGACACUAAAGUCGAACCAGAUGACAUGGAUAGCAAGGACGUGAUUCACCCUGGUGUUAAUCUUCUCUUUGACGGUUCUGAGUUGAGGCCCUUUGAUAUUGGAGCUUGCCUACAGGCGCGGUUACCUGUCUGUUUAAUAGCCGAGGCAUCAGCAGCGUCUUCUGCAAUUAAAUAAGCUCCAAAUCCAGCCUCACAAGUGGUUAAAAAUACAAUGCUUCUCCCUUAUGAGCAAUGUUUCGAGUUACUUUGGGAUCUGGCACGAUAUGCAAAAUUGUGUACAAGGUGUGGCAAUUGGGUUGCAAUUAUUACGGGUUCAUGUAGAAAUAGAGAUUGUUCUUGGUGUUGACACUUGACCGGCCACCUGUAAGAGAAAGACAAUAUGUAUUCUGCAUAUAAAGUAUGGUUAGACAUGAUUUUGAUUAAGCUUAAAAGCACUUGUAAUUUUUGCCUAGUUUACACAAGAGAAGUGGGUCUUUCACUUAAACACAUGUUAUAUUGUAUACAUUUUUAUCGUGUUAUAUUAUAAAUACAAGAAUUGAAUGUGA